GGUCUUUGGAAUGUUUUAAACUGUUGACGUUUUGACUUAAAAUUGUCAAAGUUAGAUAAUGGGUUCUUCAAGCACAUCUAAGAUUAUAUUUUUAUUAUUAUUCAUGAGUUUCUAUGUUAUAUCUCUAUCUACAUAUACAUAUGUGUCAUCGUUAUCUAACGUAAAUCUGGAAGAAAUACAAAAUGAAAAUAAAUUGAGAUCGAAAAGAAUUGCUGGAAAUUACGAUGAAGCCGCAGAUUAUUGGACUAGAAACAUUUCUUUACACAAAUGUUGUGCUUUUAACCAAUACUUGAAUAAAAAAUAUCAAUGUCAAGAUGGAGAUGAACUCAUUCCGCCAUAUACAUUGAUGAAUAAACUGACCAAUUUUGUUAUUGAUGAGAAAUUUAACAAAACAGUGAUAAACCUAAGCAGAGUUGCUUUCAAAAAUACUAACUACAUUUUGAAUUUGAGAGAUGAAAAUGCCUUUGCUGUAAAUUGGAGUUCACCAGUAUUAGAAGAUUUCGCAUUUUCUCAAGAAGAUCUAUCUUUAGUGCUGUUGAGCGAAAACACAACGAAAAUUAUUAGCAAGUUUUCAACAAGUACUUAUUGUUUAGAUUUUCUUACAUCAGAACAAAUUCUGGCAGCUUUUAUUAAUCCUUGUUCAGAAAAACUUUGCUUACAAAAAUGUUGUCCAGACGAAUAUUACUACAAUAUAAUCCAAAAUAAAUGUAUGAAAGAUAAAAAUAUACCAAAGUAUGUUCCGUCCUUCUACAUAGGCGAGAUUAAAAUUGACGUAGAACUUCCUUACUACCUAUUAACUGGAAAAUUGAAAUGCGUAGCACCUUACAUCAUAAAUAAAUUACAAGUUAACAAUAUCACAUCUGCUAUAUUUAUUCAAGAUGACGGGACUUUACAGGUCAAAAAUCGAGAUAACAACAGACUCUACAGAAGAGAAGAAUAUUGCACCGACACGUUUUCAGAUGGAUUUAUAGAAAACACAUACGUAGGUGGCCUUUCCUGCCCUUCAAUCGAAAUUAUGCAUGAUAUUGUAGAAGAGCAUGAGCAUGAGCAUCGACAUCACCAAGAAAAAAAGAAAAAUUCGAUAAAAAUGCAAAGUAAAUCUGAAGAAAGUGAUAGUAGCGCGUCUAAAAUAUUUUUCUUUGAAAUUGCCGGAAUUGGAUUUGCCAUAAUUUUAUUUUUGUACUAAGAAUGUUUAGAACUAUACAGAAUAAAUAAAUCGGUUGUAAUGCGUUAGAAAACUGUGCAUGGUUGGUAUUGAUGUAGUGAAAACAAGUAAAAACAAGAAUUAAAAGCUUCUACUAUUGAAA